AUGCCGUGUUAUGCUGAUACGAUUGUUCGGGUUAAAUUUGUUAGGCAAAAUGCCAAAGAGGAUACUAAUUUGUUAGUUGUUUGGGCUCUUGGUGCUUAUCCUGUGGAACGGGAAGAUUAUAAUAUUGAGAUGACUUCGUUUUUACCUCUUAAUUUGGAUGAUAGAGAUCCUGAGUCUCAAGCGGUUUUUGCGAAGGAUAAUUUUUUUUCGGUCGGGAUGACUGUUUCGACAUCUACUCAUGUUACGGUUCUUAAUAAAGUUGCUGAUUCUAAUAAAUGUCCUUUGAAGGUAUCUUUAGUAGGCAUUCCUCGGGAGUUGCCUAAUCAAGUUAAAGAUGAUGCUAUUUUUCAGAUUUCAAUAACCGAUUAUGUUGGUCAGGAGGUUACUUUUAAUAUGAAGGUUGUUUUUCCUUGUAAUAAUUCUCGGUUUGCUUACGUUAAAGAUAAUAUUUGGCCUAAGGAGUCGUUUAUUUUUGUUGUUGGACAACUGGAAAUUAUAAUGAAUGAGUUUUAUGUGUAUGCUAGGGAUAUUUACUGUAUCGAUACCCAGUCUGUUAGUAAGAAGAAUGUUUUUGGAAAUGGCGUUUCUUGUGUUUCUCCUUCGACUAAAAAUACCGUUCGUUCUAAGUUGUUGGCUUCUCAUGAUAAUUUUAUUGAAUGCUUGAAAGAUAAGUCUGAGAAUAGUAGGACGACUUUAGCAGUUUCGAGUGAUGAUAAGAGUAGAGUCGAUUCGAAAUUUUCGGGCAAUAGUUAUUCUUUUAAGCGUGUGAGGGUUGAAGAUGCUAAUGAAUUUGAUGAAGAAUUUUGUGAGGAAGAAAGUGGAAUGUUUCAGAAUUUUGCAGAAAAUUCAAAGGGAGGGGUAAGAAAUGAAACUGUGACAUUAGACGAUUCUUUGGGAGAGUUCGUGCCGAGUUCAUCCGGUAGUCCUUAUUUGUCGAGGCAUACUCGAGUUGAGAUUUUGAUGAUUGAAAAUGUUGUAAAAGAUAGUGUAUGUUAUAAGGGAGGUUCACGUGGUAAGGGUAAAGAACGGGCUGAUGGGUCUUUGCGUUUUAAUUUGAGAUCUCGUUCUGAUGUUCGUAAUAAGGAGUAG